CUUCCAACAACUUUAUCGGAUCAACAGACACUCCAAUGGAUCUAGAAACUUGGUCAAAGAUCCAAGCAAUUAAAACAAAUCAAGAAAACGCCGUCAUUUCUCAACUAGCCCAAAUGGCCCCACAAAAAAGGAAUUUAUUAAUUAAAGAAUUAAAUAACGGAAAUUCUACAGCUACAACAGAAUUAAUUAAAAGAAUUAUUAAAGAUUUAACUGAAAGUCGAGACGGACAAGUUGUUUUUCCUCAACUUGGUCUAGCUUCUUUAGACAGACAGGUUGAGGCUACUUUGAAUGCUGUGGAUCAGAAUUUGCCUCCUCCUAAUCCUUUUACUAGCGGCAGUUUUUUUGGAGGUUGGAAGGGUUUUUAA